UCUAUUGCCCGUUCGUCCUCGGUAAUGGAAAACCACACUGUGGUCACUGAAUUCAUCUUGGUAGGAUUUAAGGGACAGCCUGGAGUGCAGUCACUUCUGUUUGUUCUCUUCUUGCUAAUGUACAUCAUUACUCUGAUGGGUAACACAGCCAUGAUUCUUGUAAUUAGUGCAGACACCAAACUUCACACCCCUAUGUAUUUCUUCCUGAAGAACUUAUCUUUCUUGGAUAUUUGCUAUUCCUCGGUCCUCACUCCCAAGGCAAUGCUGAGCUUUGCGACGGGGAACAAGAUCAUUUCCUACAACGGGUGUGCAACCCAGAUGUUCUUCUUCUCUCUGUUUGGGACCACUGAGGCUUUCUUUCUGGCUGUGAUGGCAUACGAUCGGUUCAUUGCUGUCUGCAACCCACUGCUUUAUCAUGUUGUUAUGUUGAAGAAGACAUGCCAUCUCCUAGUAGCUGUAUCAUAUUUCUUUGGUUUUGCCAAUUGCUGCACCCAGACUGGCUUUACAUUCACUCUGUCUUUUUGUGCACCUGCUGAAAUAAACCACUUCUUCUGUGAUGUCCCUGCUGUCAUGAAGGCCUCCUGCUCAGCUACUUUUGUGAAUGAAAUUGUGCUGCUAGUGGUGUGUGGGUUAAUCAUUGUAACCACAGGGAUAAUUAUCCUUGUAUCUUAUGCUUACAUUGUUGCCACCAUCUUACGCAUACCUUCAGGCAGCGGUAGACACAAAGCUUUCUCAACCUGUACUUCCCAUCUGAUGGCAGUAAGCUUGUUCUUUGGGACAGCCUUUUUUAUAUAUGCCCAACCUGGAGCCACUGACUCUACUAAUCAGGGAAAAGUAGUGUCAGUUUUUUACACAAUUGUCAUCCCAAUGUUGAAUCCCAUCAUCUACAGCCUAAGGAACGUGGAAGUGAAAGAGGCUGUAAUCAGACAAUUCAGAAAUAAAUCAUUUUCCUAUUGA